AUGGCGAAGCUGCUGCUCGACAAGUGUGCCAACGUCAAUGCGCAGGGUGGACUCCGUGAGAAUGCCCUCCAGGCGGCUUCAUUACAAGGUCACGAGCAGGUAGUGAAGCUGCUGCUCGAUAAUGGCGCCGAAGUCAACGCGCAAGGCGGAAAGUACGGCAACGCACUGCAGGCAGCUUCAGCUGCAGGUCACCAGUCGAUAGUGCAGCUGGUCCUUGAUAAUGGCGCUAAUGUUAACAAGCAGGGCAGUCUCUACAGCAGCGCUCUCCAUGCGGCUGUAGCUGAAAACCAUACAGCUAUUGUCAAGCUCCUACUCGACAACGGCGCUGAUGCCUUGCGACACGAC